AUGACGGAGGACGGCGAGCGGCGGCGGCGUGCCGACGAGCGCCUGACGGAGUGGAAGCUCGAGGAGUCCAUGGCCGCCUUUUUGGAGGAGGAUGCAGAGGAGCCCGAUCAGCAAGCCACCAAAGCCGUUGUUGAGGAGGUCGCCGAGCCUCCCAAGUUGCUGCGGGUUGCCUCCUGA